GGCUCCACCAUUUUGCUAGAGAAGGCCGCGGAGGCUCAGAGAGGUGCGCACACUUGCCCUGAGUCACACAGCGAAUGCCCUCCGCGGUCCCAACGCAGAGAGAACGAGCCGAUCGGCAGCCUGAGCGAGGCAGUGGUUAGGGGGGGCCCCGGCCCCGGCCACUCCCCUCACCCCCUCCCCGCAGAGCGCCGCCCAGGACAGGCUGGGCCCCAGGCCCCGCCCCGAGGUCCUGCCCACACACCCCUGACACACCGGCGUCGCCAGCCAAUGGCCGGGGUCCUAUAAACGCUACGGUCCGCGCGCUCUCUGGCAAGAGGCAAGAGGUAGCAACAGCGAGCGUGCCGGUCGCUAGUCGCGGGUCCCCGAGUGAGCGCGCCAGGGAGCAGGAGACCAAGCGACGGGAGUCGGAGUCAGAGUCGCAGUGGGAGUCCCCGGACCGGAGCACGAGCCUGAGCGGGAGAGCGCCGCUUGCACGCCCGUCGCCACCCGCGUACCCGGCGCAGCCAGAGCCACCAGCGCAGCGCUGCCAUGGAGCCCAGCAGCAAGAAGCUGACGGGUCGCCUCAUGCUGGCCGUGGGAGGAGCAGUGCUUGGCUCCCUGCAGUUUGGCUACAACACUGGAGUCAUCAAUGCCCCCCAGAAGGUGAUCGAGGAGUUCUACAACCAGACAUGGGUCCACCGCUAUGGGGAGAGCAUCCUGCCCACCACGCUCACCACGCUCUGGUCCCUCUCAGUGGCCAUCUUUUCUGUUGGGGGCAUGAUUGGCUCCUUCUCUGUGGGCCUUUUCGUUAACCGCUUUGGCCGGCGGAAUUCAAUGCUGAUGAUGAACCUGCUGGCCUUCGUGUCCGCCGUGCUCAUGGGCUUCUCGAAACUGGGCAAGUCCUUUGAGAUGCUGAUCCUGGGCCGCUUCAUCAUCGGUGUGUACUGCGGCCUGACCACAGGCUUCGUGCCCAUGUAUGUGGGUGAAGUGUCACCCACAGCCCUUCGUGGGGCCCUGGGCACCCUGCACCAGCUGGGCAUCGUCGUCGGCAUCCUCAUCGCCCAGGUGUUCGGCCUGGACUCCAUCAUGGGCAACAAGGACCUGUGGCCCCUGCUGCUGAGCAUCAUCUUCAUCCCGGCCCUGCUGCAGUGCAUCGUGCUGCCCUUCUGCCCCGAGAGUCCCCGCUUCCUGCUCAUCAACCGCAACGAGGAGAACCGGGCCAAGAGUGUGCUAAAGAAGCUGCGCGGGACAGCUGACGUGACCCAUGACCUGCAGGAGAUGAAGGAAGAGAGUCGGCAGAUGAUGCGGGAGAAGAAGGUCACCAUCCUGGAGCUGUUCCGCUCCCCCGCCUACCGCCAGCCCAUCCUCAUCGCUGUGGUGCUGCAGCUGUCCCAGCAGCUGUCUGGCAUCAACGCUGUCUUCUAUUACUCCACGAGCAUCUUCGAGAAGGCGGGGGUGCAGCAGCCUGUGUAUGCCACCAUUGGCUCUGGUAUCGUCAACACGGCCUUCACUGUCGUGUCGCUGUUUGUGGUGGAGCGAGCAGGCCGGCGGACCCUGCACCUCAUAGGCCUCGCUGGCAUGGCGGGUUGUGCCAUACUCAUGACCAUCGCGCUGGCACUGCUGGAGCAGCUACCCUGGAUGUCCUAUCUGAGCAUCGUGGCCAUCUUCGGCUUUGUGGCCUUCUUUGAAGUGGGUCCUGGCCCCAUCCCAUGGUUCAUCGUGGCUGAACUCUUCAGCCAGGGUCCACGUCCAGCUGCCAUUGCCGUUGCAGGCUUCUCCAACUGGACCUCAAAUUUCAUUGUGGGCAUGUGCUUCCAGUAUGUGGAGCAACUGUGUGGUCCCUACGUCUUCAUCAUCUUCACUGUGCUCCUGGUUCUGUUCUUCAUCUUCACCUACUUCAAAGUUCCUGAGACUAAAGGCCGGACCUUCGAUGAGAUCGCUUCCGGCUUCCGGCAGGGGGGAGCCAGCCAAAGUGACAAGACACCCGAGGAGCUGUUCCAUCCCCUGGGGGCUGAUUCCCAAGUGUGAGUCGCCCCAGAUCACCAGCCCGGCCUGCUCCCAGCAGCCCUAAGGAUCUCUCAGGAGCACAGGCAGCUGGAUGAGACUUCCAGACUUGACAGAUGUCAGCCGAGCCGGGCCUGGGGCUCCUUUCUCCAGCCAGCAUUGAUGUCCAGAAGAAUAUUCAGGACUUAACGGCUCCAGGAUUUUAACAAAAGCAAGACUGUUGCUCAAAUCUAUUCAGACAAGCAACAGGUUUUAUAAUUUUUUUAUUACUGAUUUUGUUAUUUUUAUAUCAGCCUGAGUCUCCUGUACCCACAUCCCAGGCUUCACCCUGAAUGGCUCCAUGCCUGAGGGUGGAGACUAAGCCCUGUCCAGACACUUGCCUUCUUCACCCAGCUAAUCUGUAGGGCUGGACCUAUGUCCUAAGGACACACUAAUCGAACUAUGAACUACAAAGCUUCUAUCCCAGGAGGUGGCUAUGGCCACCCCUUCUGCUGGCCUGGAUCUCCCCACUCUAGGGGUCAGGCUCCAUUAGGAUUUGCCCCUUCCCAUCUCUUCCUACCCAACCACUCAAAUUAAUCUUUCCUUACCUGAGACCAGUUGGGAGCACUGGAGUGCAGGGAGGAGAGGGGAGGGGCCAGUCUGGGCUGCCGGGUUCUAGUCUCCUUUGCACUGAGGGCCACACUAUCACCAUGAGAAGAGGGCCUGUGGGAGCCUGCAAACUCACUGCUCAAGAAGACAUGGAGACUCCUGCCCUGUUGUGUAUAGAUGCAAGAUAUUUAUAUAUAUUUUUGGUUGUCAAUAUUAAAUACAGACACUAAGUUAUAGUAUAUCUGGACAAGCCAACUUGUAAAUACACCACCUCACUCCUGUUACUUACCUAAACAGAUAUAAAUGGCUGGUUUUUAGAAA